CGCCUGCCGGUAGUGACUGGCUUCGGGGAAGAGUGGACAGGGCUCUCCAGACCGCACCCGCGCUUCCAGGAAAUCAAACAGGUGCCCAGGACAAUGGACGCUCGAAGAAAGCACUGGAAAGACAAUACCUUCACUCCUUUUUUAAAUGAGCACGAUUUUCAGGAAAAGACUGCUCCACCCCAGUCUUUCUCUGAACAGCCAUCUGCAGACAAACCCAAGAUGGGGAGAAUUUCUAACUUUUCCAUUAGGAACAUUCAAGAAGGAAAUAAAUUUAAGAGGAAAGAAAAUUCUUCCCAGAUAGUGGAAAAAGAACAAGAUCCAAAUUUAAGAGAGAGAAGGAUGAACGUGUCAAAGAAUGAAGCAAAUACCAAUUCUGCCUUCUGGGACAUGCUUAAUUUGGAUGAUGCAAGGAAGGAAAGUUCUCACAGAAGGGAGAGCGCCUCUGCGUGGAGUAAGAAGGAAUUGCCGGCUGCCACACAGGUCACCAGGAAGAAAUGGAGGGAAGCAAUGUCUCCAAAACUCCGCCUGCACCUUCUGAAUGAAGAGCUGGGAGAACUUAGCCUGAAAUGCCGGGAGAUAGAACAGGACUUUGAAAACGCCGAAAAAGAACUUUUAAAUUCUAGAAAGGAAGCCUCAGUGAAAGCUGUCAAUUUUCAAGAACCAGGGACCGCUGCUUCCAAGAAAGACCGCGAACUGCAAGCUUUAAAAAACGACCUGUCUGAAAAAGCUACAAACGUAAAAAACUUAACUGAAGAGCUUCAGCAAGCCAAAGAAGUCAUGUACAGGUUGAAUCUAGAGAACAGGAACUUGAAAGACGCUGUCAGGAAACUGAAGCAUCAAACUGAACUAAAUGCCACGCUCCUCAGAGAAGAAAUGAAGUUGUUUUACGAGCUGGAGAUGGAAAAGAUCCGCUUGGAGCUGGGUGCCAUCAAGAAUGAGCUGAGAGUCGAGAAGACCCUGAGGGCGAAGAACAGCAGAGCUCUGGAACUCCUUGGAAGACACGUUGCUUCAGUGGUAAGGUCAUCAAAUUCCGCUGACCACUUUACUGGGAAUGGUUUUUAAACUUAAAAAAACAAAAGCCUUUCACUGGGAACGUUAUUGAGCCAAAUCAAUGUUUAUCGUACUAUAUAUAUAUAUUUGUGUACUGCUAAAAUGUAUUUGAAAGCUUGUAAUCUUCUGGUGAAUCAGAACACCUACCAAUUAUGCAGAUGUUGACUUCAAAGCAUCUGUUUCUCUUUCUGAUGAAGUCAUUGUGAGAUUCUGAAUG